AAUGGGACGGUGGAAGCAAUGCAACCUGUAGACUGUGGAGCUGCUCCUAGCAACUUCCGGUCAAUUUUUCAUUAUUAUUCUCCCGAAUAUGUCUGCGUUUGUAUAUAAAUAUAUGAUCCUCCUCUUCACAUUUUCUUCUUCUUAAACUGCUAGCCUGUUUCCAUCUAAAUCUUAACAUUUCAUCUGACUCAACCAAAUAGUAUACGAUGCGAGGAUUAGAAUUAUGGUUUAACAAGUUGAUCUCAGGGGAGGAAUCACCAAUACAAUGUGACAAUUAUUUAGAUGCUUCUGAAUCCUUUUGUUUUACUACUGGUGGAUUAUUUUUACAACAAUCACUUCCUUUUGCUUCUUUGCGGACCUCGCCUGAUCAUGCUUCAAGAUAUUUUUCGAUGACUUGCAGGAGUGAUGUAUUCGGUUGUGGUUCUAGACGGAGAGGAAUGUUCAUGUCAGUCAGUUUGUCGUCUGUUAAGGCAAGUGUUGAAUGUGUUGAUCAGGAGCCUGGUAAUAUUUUACGGAAAAAUGGUGACAGGAAUAUUUCAGAGGAUGAGAUGAUGGCGUUUAAGAUGGUUGAUGAGGGCGAAAAGGUGAAGAAAGAGAAGGUGAAGUUGAGAGGCGGAGCAAGUGCAUUUAACACUACUAAGCAUCUCUGGGCUGGUGCUGUUUCUGCUAUGGUUUCAAGGACUUUUGUAGCUCCACUUGAAAGACUAAAGCUUGAGUACAUCGUUCGUGGUGAACAGAAGAACCUGAUUGAGCUUAUCAAGUCAAUAGGAGCUUCUCAAGGCCUGAAAGGAUUCUGGAAAGGAAAUUUUGUCAAUAUUCUCCGCACUGCUCCUUUUAAGGCAAUUAACUUUUACGCCUAUGAUACGUACAGAAAUGAACUCCUCAGAAUAACAGGAAAUGAGGAAACAACUAAUUUUGAAAGAUUUGUUGCUGGUGCUGCAGCUGGAAUUACAGCAACAGUACUCUGCAUACCCAUGGACACUAUCAGGACAAAGAUGGUGGCGCCAGGGGGAGAAGCCUUGGGUGGCGUAAUUGGUGCUUUCCGCCAUAUGAUACAGACUGAAGGAUUUUUCUCUUUAUACAAAGGUCUAGGACCUUCCAUAAUAAGCAUGGCACCUUCAGGCGCUGUUUUCUACGGAGUUUAUGACAUUCUGAAAUCAGCUUAUCUGCAAUCACCUGAAGGGAAGCAAAGAAUUCAACAUAUGCAACAACCUGGGCAGGAGCUAAAUGCUUUUGAACAACUGGAGUUGGGUCCCAUCAGAACACUAAUGUAUGGAGCCAUUGCUGGAGCUUGUGCAGAGGCGGCUACGUACCCGUUUGAAGUUGUUAGAAGACAGCUUCAGAUGCAAGUCAGGGAAACAAAGAUGAGCGCGGUAGCUACCUGUUUCAAGAUAAUGGACCAAGGUGGGAUUCCUGCACUCUAUGCAGGAUUGACUCCAAGCUUAUUACAAGUCUUACCAUCGGCUGCCAUUAGUUACUUGGUAUACGAGUUCAUGAAGGUGGUUCUUAAGGUUGAGUCAUAGUAAAGAUGCAUCCCGCUGAGCUCUCUCGAUGUGAGGCUGACGAAGUUUGUCAACACACUGCUUGUUACCUUGUCUGAAGUUUGAAAAUCAACUUAACAAGGUUUUAAGAUA